GACUGAAUUGCGAAACCUAACCUUCCUUCGUCUAUCUAACUCUGUGGAUGUACGUUCUGGCCCUCUGGGUGGCGAGUGGCGUGUGACGUUCUUUCGCCCCUCCUCUCUCUUCGCCUUCGCCUCCCCUGCCUCCCUUGUAAUCCGCCCCUCCCCGUUCCGUGUGAUAAUCUGGCUUGGGUGGGCGUACUAGCGUUACUCCGCGUGUGCCGUUUCUCUCCAUAACGACGCAUCAAUUAUCGCCCAAUCAUCAUGUGGUGGACCACCCAUCUAGAAGGUGGGCCUCGUCGCGUGAACCAUGCCGCUUGCGUGGUGGACUCGUGCAUCUACAGUUUUGGUGGCUACCGCACCGGAGAUUCCUAUCGCAGCAAGCACACUCCCAUCGACGUGUACGUGUUCAACACGCACACGCUUCGCUGGAAGAAAAUCCCCACCCCCGAGGGGCAAAGCGGCGGCUCGGAAAUAGAAAAUGUCCCUUUCAUGCGCUAUGGACAUUCGGUGGUGGCUCACCAAGGACGCAUCUAUCUGUUUGGCGGGCGCAAUGACCUCAGUCCUUGUAAUGAUCUGUUCUGUUUUGAUGUGAGCACGUGGCAAUGGAGUCGACCCGAAGUGAAAGGCCCAUUGCCCGAGCGACGGGACGGCCAUACGGCUUGCGUGAUUCACGACUUCAUGUACGUGUUUGGCGGGUUUGAAGAGGCCUAUGAUCGCAUGGACAACAACGUGUAUACGCUCAAUUUGAACUCCAUGGAAUGGAAACAUCAGAGUUGCGAGGGCACCAUUCCCUAUGCACGAGACUUUCACACGGCCACCGUGUUUGGCGAUCGAAUGGUCGUCUUUGGCGGACGAACCAUGACUUCCUCGUUGGAGUAUUAUAAUAAUAAAUUGUGCUACCUGGAUACCACCCAUCAUGUUUGGCGGGAAAUCAAUACGGCGAGUUGCGAAGCGCCGAGUGGCCGUCGUUCUCACACGGCCUUAAAUAUCCACGAUGAACUGUACAUAUUUGGAGGAUUCAAUGCCACCCGCAAUGAGCACAUGAACGACAUGUGGAAAUUUGACUUCCACUCCAUGUCCUGGGCCAAAGUGCAUCAGUGCGGACAAGUGCCCAAAGUUCGUCGGCGUCAUGCCAUGUGCCUGGUCGAGGGCAAGGUCUACAUUUUCGGGGGUACCUCGCCCUACAACGGACCCCGUUUGUUUUUCACUCAAAUGGAAUUGGCCUUGAUUCCUUUGGACGGUCGGACAUUUUCCUUGGUUGAGUUGGAUGAUAUGCACGUUCUUGAGCUGUCCGUGUCCCUUCGGACGUUGUGUUUGAUGGCGACUAUUCACAAUGACAUUCCCGUGACUGAUGUGCCACAGCCUUUGAAGGUUGAUCGGGAGGCGAUGACUCGAAACUUGGAAAUCAGUCCGCCUUUAAAAGUUCGAGAAGAUGAGUGCGAUGACCCAUGGGAGGUGGAUGAUGAUCUGGACGACGACCAAUUCGUGUUCUACUAGACUCAAGCAGCCUGUUCUCCGUCCUGUGAUGCUUUAUCAAUCAUGAAGAAAUGGCUAUUCAUCUGGGCUUGAAAUAAAUCUCAAUGUUAGGGAGUUGGGGGUAAACUCGGCAAUAAUUCAACGAUAUUGAAAUUGCCUCCAUUGUUAUCUGUCAGAUCUGGGAGGAAUAGAACUGAUUAUCAAAGAAAUCUCGAUAUUCAUACCGAAAAAUAUAUAAAGAUUUAUUCGACAUACAA